AUGCUCGUCUCCUUGACAGUCGGCAAGGUAGACGCAGGUGUUGCCGUCCUCCUCACCCAGGAUAAUCGCCUUAUCGAGUUCCCCUCCGUCCUCCUCCCCAACGACAUCUCCAGCGGAAGUAUCGUCGACAUCACCGUUGCGCGCAACCACGCCGCCGAAACCGCCAACGCAACCGCCUUCCAAUCUCUCCAGAAGCGCAUCCUAAACACCUACGGCGUCAAGGCCCCGUCUCCUCCAAUCCUCCGCCUACGAAAUGCAACCCAGACCUCCCUCGUCCUAGAAUGGGACCCAAUCGACCUCGCAACCGCGUCUCUGAAAUCGCUCUCCCUCUACCGCAACGGCUCAAAGGCCGGCUCCAUACCCCGUCCCCUCGACACGCGCAGCACAAAGAUUAGCGGUCUAGCCAUCCAUUCCGAAUACACCUUCCACCUCGUCCUGCGCACAACCGCCGGCACCUACCAGUCGGAGAAGCUGACAUGUCGGACACACAAAAUGACCGACCUGUCCGGGAUCACCGUGACGCCGGGCGUCCUCGAUCCACACCGCAAGGAGGCACUGGGCGUUGCGCUGGACCGCGUAGGCGGCAAACUGAUCGAUUCCGUUCGCAUUGACACUACCCACUUCGUCUGCACGGAGGGUCGCGGUCCCUUGUGGGAAAAGGCAGUCGAGAUGAAUAUCCCUGUCGUGGUGCCGGAGUGGGUGGAUGCUUGUGAAUCGGAAGGCACAAUUGUUGGCGUGCGCGGUUAUUAUCUCAAUGCGGACCCUAAACUUCGCCAGCUCGGUACGCUUCAUGGCAAUUCUCACCAAAGAACUACCUCCACCAUGUCGAAUGCCACACUCGCGCAUCGCCCCAGCACGACACAGCAGCCUACACUUGCGCCCACGCCCGCGCCUGAAACCACGAGUACGCCGCCGCAGGCUCUGACGCAGGAGGUUGGGUCGGAGGUUGAGGACGAUUUGCCGCCUCCGCCCCCGCCGCCGAAGGACGAGUCAGAGGAUGAGGAUGAGCUGUCGGCACGGCCAAAUGGGCAAGUGAGUGAGGCUGCGCUGGAGAAAGAACUCGAAGCAGAUCUUGGAGAAAAGGAUGCAGAGAGCGAGGAAGAUGCCAGAAGAGAGAGUACUCUCCCGCAGAACAUGCCGGACGAAGACGACGAGGUGAACAAGACAAGUCUCAAGGGCAAGGGCAAAGAGGGUGAAGGUGACUUCAAUGAAGUGCCGCUUUAG